UCGCCCACAGAGAAGCAGCCUCUGCUUUAUCUCAUCUCUGAGGAUCGGAUCGCUCCUUCUGUUGCCUGCCUCUAGUCAUAUCGGCUGUUCUUCUCCUUCUAUAUCGUCCAAAUCUCACUUUCAAAGCGAUGGACAGGUGUUUCACUUUCUCCGCUCCUAAGGAUCUAUCUUUAUCACAUCUUUACAUCCGGAUCUUUGUUUCUGGUGGAGACGCUGCGGCUGCGUAAUGCCUCUCAGCAGAGGAAGAAACAGCAGAUGUGCUGAGCAGGAUGUUCUCUCUUUGACCACGAUAUGCUGCUGAAAGCUCUACAUUCAUAAGAAGGCAACAGAAAGAAGAUUACUGGGGGAUUAAACUCAUGCACACGUGUGCACAUGCAAACACAGGGGGGUACAACAGUUCCGGGAUUUAACUUCCAUCCAACUGUGGGCAAUGAUCUGAAUGAACUUGCCAGAAGAACUCAGCAGUAUCAUGGAAGAAGAGGAGGAGCCAACAGAGGCUCUCUGAAUGCCUUCCUGUUGACCCAACCCUAUUGCACCUGCCUAAAUAUCAAAUCUCAAUGUUGCAAAGGAGAGUGUCCCACAAUGUGUUGACUUGGAGCAGAAUUAACCUCACAUAGGGCUUGUACAUAUCCACAUACUCCUGCACUCAUUUACUUUAGUGAGACUCACUUACAUCCAUAUCUAGGAGAUACAAAGAAAGCUUUCAAUUCUUUUAACCUGCUGUCUAGAGCAGAAGAAAAAAAAAAACAUCAUAUGUCAAGAGAAAGAUGCUGAAGGGAAAGUGAUAUUUUAAAUCUUUGCUGUGUGUGUCUCCACCACAGGCAUAAAGAUGAAACUAAUGGAUGACUGAUAAAGAUACAUCUUUGAUUUAUUUUAGAAGUUCUUUUUUAAGCUAAAAUACUUCUUGUUUUAGUUUUAGGCUCACGCAUCAGAAAAGAAAAUUGUAACACACAUUUUGUCUUUGUUUAUGCUAAAAUGGGCAACAUAUCUGAUGUAAAGAUUGCCCAAAGGAGGUCCAAAAAUGUCCUAUUAUUUGCUCUAGGACACCCUUUUUCAUGAUGAUGUAAACCAGAUGUGACUCUUGCAGACAAAUUUUAUUCCCCACGAUAUUUUGAUUCUUAACAAGAGAAAGACAUUGUCACGGUUCCCCAACAAGGUUUACCAUCCUCUGCAUAACGCUGCAUAUUAGAAAAUAAUAAGCCCAUCCCCUCAAACUGAGCUACAAUGGCCAGCCAGGCCAACUCUUUGUUUCUUCAUGGCUUUGAACUUAGUGGCCAUUUUGUCGACCCCCGACCUCUUGGCACUGGUGUGACUGGCCUCGUCCUGUCUGCUCUUGAUCAGCGCACUGGGCAGCGAGUAGCUAUAAAAAAGCUGGUAAUGCGAGAUGCAAUCACUAUGAAGCAUGCCCUGCGGGAGGUGAAAAUCACACAACGACUUCACCAUGAGAACGUAGUGCAGGUCCAUGAGGUUGUGGCGCCGUACGGAUGGCCGCUACCCAGGGACCCAUCCCAGCUUAGCGCCCUUUAUAUCAUCCAGGAGUGUAUGGAGACUGAUCUGGCCCGGUUACUGGACCAGGGACCUCUACCUACAAGUCAUGCUACCCUGCUGUUUUAUCAGCUGCUGAGGGGCCUUAAAUUCAUCCACUCAGCUAACGUCCUGCACCGAGACCUGAAACCUGCCAACAUUUUCAUCAACACAGACCAAAUGCUGCUCAAGAUUGGUGACUUUGGACUUGCUAGAAUAGUGGACCCCCAUUAUUCUCAUAAGGGCUAUCUGUCUGAGGGUUUGGUAACUAAGUGGUAUCGUUCCCCCCGUCUGCUCCUGUCCCCCAACAAUUACACCAAGGCCAUAGACAUGUGGGCUGCUGGCUGCAUACUGGCUGAGAUGAUCACUGGACGAAUGCUUUUUGCAGGAGCCCAUGAGCUGGAACAGAUGCAGCUGAUUCUUGAUACAGUGCCUGUACUGAGAGAGGAGGACAGACAAGAUCUUCUACAGGUGAUGCCAUCAUAUGUCAGUCAUGGAUGGAGAGUCAAAACUCCUUUUUGUGAGUUGCUGCCUGAAGUGGAUCCUUUGGCGGUGGACUUUCUGGAGCGCAUCUUGACGUUUAACCCCAUGGACCGUCUGACAGCUGAAGAAGCUCUAACUCACCCUUUCCUUCAGCAGUAUUCCUGUCCAGAGGAUGAGCCCGUCUCAUCACACCCUUUUCAUAUUGAGGAUGAGCUGGACAGCCUCAUCACCGAGCCAAGCCUGAGCAGCAGCGACAGCCCGGCCUCUAGCUUUCAAUGGGAAAGGUAUGAUGACAGUUCAUCAGCUAAUAUAUGGGCACCGUACUCAGGCGAGAGGUGUACGUGCAUGCCUUCUGGUCCUACUCCACCAAACCUGGAGGACAACAGAGAUAAUGAAGAGGUGCAGAAGGACCCGAGGGCCAGUUCCAGCUCCCUGACAGAAGAAGCUCAGGUUGACCCCCGCAAAUAUUCUCAUAGCAGUUCAGCCGAACGCUUCCUGGAAAGCUCUCACUCCUCUCUGGAACGGGUCUGUGCUUUAGGGUACGGGGAGCUUGACUGUGCACGCUCCUGUGAUUACAAAGUGGGCUCUCCUUCAUAUCUGGAUAAAAUUGCAUGGCGGGAGGGAAAGCCUCAGCAUUACUCGGAACCAAAGCUGAUUCUGGAUCUGUCUCACUGGAAGCGCAACACUGGCAGACUAGCUGUGCCUGCUGUACCCAUUGGAGGCAGCAUAGUGGACCUUGGAGAAGCUCAAGUAGAGGAAGCAGAGGAGGAGGAGGAGGAGGAGGAGGAGGAUGACACAGGGGACUUGUUCCAGGAAAUCACUCGCUGGGUGGAGAGCGCUCAUUCUCGUCUGCACUCCCCCAGUACCAGCCCAUCAAUAGGGCAAUGCUCACCCUCCUGCUACACCUCUUCUCCCCCUCUUCCUCUGUCUCCUACUGACCUCCCAACCCCCGUCUUCCACUGCAACGAACCCACCCAUCACCUAUCAGCUGAAUACGAUGAGAACAGACUGAGCCCGCUUCCUUCCAUCACAUCUUCCUCUAACACCCCCCCCUUUCUCUUUCCAUCAUCUCCCACAGCUAUAUUUUCCCCUCAGACUUCAUCGCCACCUCCAACUCCCCUCGUGCAGCUCCCAGAGUCUCAACCGCUGUCCAAUGCUGACUCCAUGGAUUCUCUGCCAGUCAAGCAAAAAGAGCGCUUGUUUGACCUGGAUGUUUUCAUAUCUAGAGCUCUAAAGCUGGUCCGACAGAAUAAAGAGAAAGUUCAAAUGAAGAAAGGAAAAGAUGAAAGUUGGAUGGAGGAGAGCAAAAUGGCAAACAUAAAAGGAAAGGUGCCUCGGCUUUCAGAGCACAGGACUUCUCCAUCACAGACUCCCAACUCUUAAUGUUAUAUUUUAGUUCCAGGUUUAGUGAAGUAACUAUUACAUUAGUCAAAUUUCAAAAAUCCCUCAAAAGAGGUGUGUUCAGGACUCCACUGUAGCAACUUGAAUUUGUUAGCUCUUAAACACUUUAUGUUGUGAAAAACCUCCAGUUAAAAAGCAUUUGCAGCUUUGUGUGAAAGACUUCUCAUGCAAUAAAAGCUCAAAAAGGACUUCACUGAAAUGCAAUUCAUCUCAAACAUUGGCUUUGCUAUAUGCCUGUUUAAAGAAGCUGAAGCUUUGAUCAGAGAAUCACAUCCCACGUUAAGUGCUUUCAAGGAAUUUUUCAAAUUCCUUCUAAGAAAUACAACACAAAUGUCAACAUUAUGAGUGGGAGACUAUUGGAAAAUGUUUGAACAUUUCAUUUAAUAAUUGGUAAUACUAGUUUGAUCCAAAAACAAAAAACAAGUCCGCUGGUUUUCUUACUUGCAGUUAGACAUAAAUGUGAUGUCGUUACCAGAUCUGAGCGGAAAGUUUUUAGAAAAACUGAACACCUUGGCAAGCUGGAAAAAAUGCACUUUUAUAAAAUGUAAGUCAUUAAUAAAAACAGUUUCAAGCAGACCUUCAGUAAGUGUUUGGAAGUUGCUUUAGAUGUCUUUCUAAACUCCCUCCUGUUAACUCUUGAAAGAAUCUUACAGUCUUCCAAUAUACUUCACCAAACAAUGUAACACAGCUAAAUCUUUUCUAAGCAUUUGAAUGUAUUAGCUAAGAGGUAAUUGGUUGGAGUGUGACAUGAUAGACUGUUAGGAUUUGAUUUAUUGAUGCUUCAACACUCCUACAAUGACUUAAUAAAUGUUAACAAGUUUUGUUCAUAUUUUAUUUUUCAAACCUCCUUAAUAUAUCACUAGACAUGCUUGUGACUAAAAUAGUUCUGAAAUAUUUUCUGUAUAUUAGAACGCAUGUAUAACAUUUGGAGUUAGUUAGGAAUUUGUUUUAAUAUCAAAUAACCGUGGUGAUAGCUCGUUUAUGAUUCUUCUGCCAGCUGGACUAAUUUUUGAUAACAAGUGCUUUGUUUUCUGUUUGUGCACCAAAUCUUUUCCACGCUAAACACACGCUAUUCUUCCACAACCACAGGCCUAAACAGCUUUCUGCUCACUUAAAUGUAAACAACGAAAAGCUUUAACACAAACAACAUUCACAUUUAUUUUGAAAAAUGUGAAGACUGAUAAGUGGCUGUAUUUAUAAUGUGGAAAUGCUUUUUGAAAUGAUUUCGAAUUUAUUGUUUUAUAACUGCACAUGCUUCUGUCUUUUGUUGUUUUAAACAAUACUUUGUUAGUUAUGUCUACCAUGCUUUUGGAUAUACCACUCCCUGCACAAUUACUAGCACCCCCAUACAAUUAUUUGUUUAUUGGGGAUUGUUGGCCUUGUGGUUAGAGCAGUGCGCUUGUGCUCUGAGAAGGUUGCAAGUACCCGGUUCGAUCCCAACAGCCUGCACUGUGGGUCCCUGAGGAAGACCCUUAACUCAAAACUGCUCCGCGGGUGCCGCACAAUGGCAGCCCACUGCUACCCAAGAGGAUGGGUUAAAUGCAGAGAUAAAUUUCUCCAGUGUGAGAUCAAUACACAUAAAUUAUUAUUAUUAUUUUAAUUAAGUACUCAUUACAGUUGAAAAUAAUUUUCAGAAAUAUUUUUAUUUUACUUUAACAACUCCUAAACAUUUUUAUAUACAUAUUUAUUUGAUCUUUACUGUUUUAAGUUCACUAGUGUCUGGGAACUUACCAGCAAUCCAUGUUCUUUCUUUCUUUCUUUUUUUUUUUUUUUGGUAUAGUGAAACAACAACUCGUCCAACUUUAGCUACCUAAAAUUAUUCAAAAAUCAAUAAUUCAAGUGAUGCAGAUGUGUGUUUACCUUCAUGACAUAGCAAAUAGCACCAAUAAAAUGAUCAUACACCCUUUUACAUUCAGAUUCACUAAUCUUCUGAAAUCUCUCUUGCUUCCAGGGAUUGUAAACUGGGUGGUAGAGCAGGUUUAGAAAAAAAAAAAAAUCACUGUUUCAGUUAAUUCAAAUAAAGUACACAUUUUCGCCAGUGGUGCCAAUAAUUCUGGAAUGUGGUAUCACUUUAAUUGUGAUAAAUAGAAAUGCAAUGCCUUGCUGCAAUAUGCUCUUGAAUGAUACACUGGUUGCAGUUGCACCUGUAUGGGAGUUCAGAAGGUCAAACCUCUCAGAUCAAAAUUCACUGCCAGCAAUACUUAAUAAGAAGCAUGUUUUAUCCUUAUUCGGUUCUUCACUGACUUUCUAUGUCAAUUCAAAAUAUUGUAACUGUACAACAUUGACUGUCAUGUUAAUCUGCUUCUGUAAGCAUACUGUGAGCUGUAGGCAGUCAAAUAUUUUCUUAGGAUACUAACACACAGAUUUCUAGCGCCUACCAUCAGAUGAAACAACAGUUAGACCAGGCAUUUAUUUAGAUUUACGGUAAAGCACAUGUAGAAUAUGAAGCACAUUUGGUCACUGUCAGCGAUUAUAACAAUGAUCAUCUUUUGUCAGUAAUGUACAGUCUAAAUAGAGCAUGCAGCUCCGACUAAAAUAAACUGCUACAGUUGGUAAAAAUUAACUGAAUUAAGUUGAUCCAACUAGUUUAUAAGUUGACAGGUUAAACCAUUGCAAAUAUAUUCCAUUAACUCUUACCAAUUGAAGGAAUUAAUUUAGGUUGGAGCUGCAUUCUCUCAGAGUGAAAUACAGGGAUAAGGACAGUACCACUGUUUAUUUAGAAAAUUUUAAAAAGUACAAACUGUACUUUCCGGUCCAGUAUUAGUUAAGUCUGAGUGCAUUUUGACUUUUACAAUUUCUAGGAAUCCAUACUUGCUGCACAAUCUAUUCUGGAGGCAUCCUAAACCAGCAAUAAUGCCAUUAUCAAGUGAUACAUACAAACUUUAACAUACUGAGCCAAAAGUAAAAAUCCAGACUCUAUGGAGCCAUGUUGAAAAUGUGCCUCGGUACACCUCAAUGCUUCCAGCUUGCUGAAUGUAAUCAAUGCCCCUGUCUCUGUGUUGCUAUGCAGGUCAUUAAAACUAUAUGUUUAUGGCGUAUGUAUCUGUGAAAAAGUGACAUUUGAUCUGGUUUUGUGUUUCAUAUUUAGCCUAUUCACACUUCAAGGGUUUCCCUCAACCUUAUAUUU